AUGCUUGCGCUGCGGAAGCUGCUGGUCCCAGUUGAUGAGCAGGGGCAUGGAGAGCUACGGCAGCUCUUCUACUUGACGUGUUUCCAGUUCGGUAUUCGGGCUGACGAGAAUGUCUUUGAUACUCUCAAAGCAUACAUCAUCAAGGUCGACGCAGGCGCUUUCCAGAGCGCUUUCGACUUUGCCGCGCAGUUCAUCUGA